AUGAAGCUCGCUUUCUCUACUGCAUUCUUUACUGCUCUCCUCGCAGCUGCGGUUCCCGCCUCUAAACGCGACAUCUUCGACCCCCCUAUUUUGUCCCCAACCACGAGCACUACAUGGCUCGUCGGGAUGACUCAAACUGUCUCUUGGGACACUUUCAACCCUCCUGAACUAAUCACCGGUCGUAACUACAGCAGCAUUAGGCUGAACAAGGUCGGCUUGUUCUUGCCAUUUGUUUUUGCGGACGAGUUUGAUAUCAUGUUGGGAAGGUUCGAGAUCAAGGUUCCUCUCGUAGCUGAAGGAGAUGAUUACGCCUUUGUCCUCUUUGGUGACUCCAGAAAUGUGGGCAAGGAAUUCAGCAUCAAGGGUGGGCCUGCCAACUAA